AUGUGGGAAAAUUUAAGAGCUCAGAAGUUGGAUUUGGUGGCCUCCCCUACUGAGAGAUUGACAGAAGAUGAAUGGAUCCAGGUAACGACAAGGUCUAUACUGCAAGAAGAAUCAGCUAAGCUGUGUGCUAUACGCAGGGAGGAGUUUUGCCUUCAGGCUCAGGGGUUUCUGUCUUGCUCUCAUGUUUUCCACAGAAACUGUAUGCAGGCUUUUGAGUGGUAUUCUGGUAGGAAGUGCUGCCCAAUGUGCAGAAGGGAGCAUUAUGAACGUGUAAUUCAUGACGCUCAAGCAUACUGGCGAGGCUAUGUUGCUUGUAAAAAGUACAAAAAUGUCCAGAAAAUCAAGUUCCCCAAAGACAAAAAGAUGACUGAGUUUUCCAACGUCUCACCCAUAAACCGUUCCCUCAUGUGUCUCAUAAACAAAGAUGCAGCAUUUACUGAGCCAAUUAGCUCGGACCUAAUGCUGAAACCCAACACAUACGGCUGUUUGCAGGAACUGAAUGACAGCUUUGUCCGAUACUGUCACACCGACAUGGAGGCUUUUCUGAGUGAUAUCGACCGUUCGCUGUCAUCAAGCAGACGAGUCCUCGAACAGCUGGAGAGAAAAGGCAUCUCAGAACCUCGGGAGAACGAGUGGGAGCGACUGAAGAGCCAGGUUGAGCACGAGGCAGGAGUGGCUCAACCUUGA